AUGGGCCAUGAUGAUGCAUUGUUCGAUUAUGAUGCCGGCUUAGAGAGCACAUUGCAAGAUAUAGCUGUGGAUUCAAACAGAGGUGGGCCCAUUGCUGCACCUGUAUUAGGCUUGGAUGAAAAGGUUACAAUCACUAAGCAGCGACGAUCUACUGUCAAGCUGGAUGAGGGCCGAUUACUGUCACAAGCCGGCAUACCAAAACUGCGUUCUACGGCGAAGUCUAAAUUGAAAUUCAAAGGGAAAGGACAUGAGUUUUCGGACGCCGCUCGACUAUUAAAUUUCUACCAACUAUGGCUCGAUGAUUUGUUCCCUCGCGCGAAGUUCGCCGAUGGAUUGGCUAUCAUAGAGAAACUGGGUCAUUCGAAACGCUUGCAGACGAUGCGACGAGAAUGGAUAGACGAGGAAAAGCCGAGAAUCCCCGCAACCGACUUUGAAGAUGCGCAACAAACGGGGUUCUCGGCUCCACAUGUCCAUGAUAAUAGUAUGUCUAUUAGGCAUUUGGAUGAAGCCGACGCGAUUUUGGGCCAAGGAGAUAAUGUGGCACAGUCGCCUCCAAGACAUGGCAUCGGAGCUCAGCCAUCCUCACUUACGCUAGGAGACGCUCCUCAGCAGGGAGAUUUGUUUGUGUCGGAUAAUGAGAGUGUCCCAAGAGAAAUUACAGAAGGUACUCAUGAUAAUGAUGAUGAUGAUGAUGAUGAUGAUGAUGAGCUGGAAGCACUUCUUCGCGAGCACGAGGAUAGCAUUAUUGAUAAUCAUAAUCUGGCAGGACCAGAUGCAUGGGCUUGA